AGUGAUGACAGUACAGAAGACGAAGAAGAGGAGGACGAGGAGGACGACGACUGACACAAACUCUCGGGCCUUCUUCUUCAACACUCGGCUCUGGAAAUCUCUGCUGCAACCGGAGCAUCGUGAUGGCAGUUUCUCUUUGACCCGAGGAACUGCUCGGUGUGGAGAAUGGGUUCUUUCUCUCGACCAUCGACUCAGUACCUCCGUUGCUCUCUCGGAGACGGCUUCUGUUCAGCGGAAAAUUUUGAUGUGAGAUUUUGUGAGUUUUGAUGGGAUUUGGCGGAACGUCGGAAAGUUUCGAUUUCGACAAGCUGGUGGCGGUGGAGAUAGGGCGCAAUUUCGGUCUCAAGAGUAAAGACAUGUUUGAAUUUUCAGAAGCGGCGAGAACCUUACAGCAUGAGAAUUUCUGUACUGUGGCUGUGGAUGCACGGCGACCGAUAGGAGCCUGUUGAAUUAGUUGCUAGGUUAUGACGACACUGCGUCCGAGAAGAUUAUAAAUCUGCAUUUCAUUAAAAGUUUUUGUAAGAAGAGAUAGCGACAGCCAUACGCCAUGGCAGACACCGAGCCGGAGUCUCCCGGAAGGAGAAUGAGCGACUUUGCAUCCAGCAAUAAUAUGUCUUUGACAGUCAUGACCUUUAAUUUGCAUCGGGACAGGGUGACGGAUGGGCAAAACUCGUGGGAACAUCGUAAGGACCUGUGCGCUAGCGUAAUCAACAAAUUUUCUCCCCUCAUUGUCUGCACGCAGGAAGGUCUCAAGUCUCAGCUGGACGACUUAAACGCUUUGCUACCUGGAUACGAGCAGUUUGGUGUAUCGAGGAAAGGUCCUGAUGAUCCAAGUGAUGAGCACUGUGCAAUAUUCUAUUCCAGAGACAAGGUGGAGAAGAUGGACGGAGGAACAUUCUGGUUGUCAGAGUCCCCUUCAGUACCGGCCAGCACGUCAUGGAGCGCUGAAGUUCCAGCGAUUGCAACUUGGGUCACGUUCCAGUUGAGAGGGGUACAACCGCCGGGCUUUGCAUUCCAAAUUGUGAACACUCACCUUGACCCAAAGAGUUCAAGAGCUCGGCGUCGGGGUGCUCUUCUCAUAUGGCAGCACAUCGCAACUCUUCCUCCCAAUCUGCCAGUCAUCUUCUGCGGUACAUUCAAUACUGUGAAAGAAUCUGGAGCUGGACGGUUCCUUCUUGGAAGAUCGCGUGAGCAUGGAAUAGCGGGUGAUUUGAGAGAUGCAUGGGGAGGUUCAAGGCGGCGGCGAAAUGGGGGCAUUGUUUACACUCAACACGGCUUUCGAGGUGAGAAGCAAACGGCCAUGGAUGUUCUCAAACUAGUGUUCAUGGCUCUCUGUAUGUGUUUUGAUCGACAAAAUCAAGAUUUGCACGUCGAUUGGGUGCUAUUUCGUAGUCGUUCACUUGCCCCAGUUUACAGUGAAGUGGUGAGUGAUCGAGGAAAUAACCGCUAUCCCUCCGACCAUUAUCCACUUUACGUCGAGUUUCAACUUCCUCGUAGUGUAAUCAGGUUAGAGGAAGAGCUGAACUGAAACUUCAACAACGUAGGAACGCUUGUAUAAUAUGUUUGAGUGAAGGGUUCCAUAUAUCAGUAGUGCCGAAGAUAGACGUAGCAGAGAGAGCAACCCCAUUGUUCACUCAGUUGGAUAAUAAUAUGCCACUUACCAUA